GGUAUUUUAAUUUGAAACUCAUCACUUUAAGUCAUCCCCUUAACAAUGUCGUCUAAACAAAUGGUCCGUUAACGAAACACCUUUCUCCAUUGUUCUUAAAAAGUCAUCUUCUUUUUUUUUUUUCUUCAUACAUCUCUCUCUCUCUCAACCCUAAAACCACUCGUCACGCGCCACGAACUCUACACCACAUUCCCCACUACUAGUGACCAUCCACCUCUCCGUCUAUGGCGUCAGACGCCGUUAAGUAUAUGCCAAUCCACGGCGGAGGAACAACAGCAACAACCGCCGCCGACAUCAAGAGCUUCUUCUCCGCUCUAAAACCCAAAAAAACCUCAACUUUCGCUUACGCUUUCGUCAUAACCUUUGUCUCAUUCACUCUCUUCUUUGCUUUUAGUCCUUCUCCAAACUCAUCUUCUCCUUGGUUCUCUAACAUCUUCACUUCCUCCUCCACAACCACAACUUCAGACAACACUUCCGGAUCUCAGUUCUCUUCAAUUUUCUCAUAUAUUCUUCCCAAUGUCACUUCAACCAAACCCACCAAUAGAUCCAGUGACGCCACAGAUUCUCUCUCUGUUAACGCCACUUCUCCACCUCUCAAUUCGAAUUCCAAAAACGGAACUUUACAAACACCGGCGCCGGAAACUCACACUCCGGUUGCUAAAAACACAACCUUUGAGUCUCCGAUCGUAAACGGAACCAACCCAGAUGCAAAGAACAACACUUCAUCUCAUCCUCUGCUUUCAGACAAAUCUUCAACGACGGGAUCGAAUAAUCAGUCACGGACCACCGCCGAUACUGAAACCGUGAAUAGAAACCAAACAACAUCUCCGGCGCCGUCGAAAGCACCCGUGUCGGUAGAUCUGAAGACCAAUUCCAGUUCCAAUUCAUCAACUGCUUCGUCUACACCGAAAAAGCAGACUAAAACCGUUGAUUUGGUUUCGUCGGUGAAGCAAGAGAUCGAGAAAUGGAGUGAAUCUUUGAAGAAUUGUGAGUUCUUCGACGGUGAAUGGAUCAAAGAUGAUUCGUAUCCGCUUUAUAAACCUGGUUCGUGUAAUCUUAUCGAUGAACAGUUCAAUUGUAUUACCAACGGAAGACCAGACAAAGAUUUCCAGAAAUUGAAGUGGAAACCUAAGAAAUGUAGUUUACCAAGGUUAAAUGGAGCUAUAUUGUUGGAGAUGCUUAGAGGAAGAAGACUUGUCUUUGUGGGUGAUUCACUAAAUAGGAACAUGUGGGAAUCUCUGGUUUGUAUUCUCAAAGGAUCAGUGAAAGAUGAGACUAAAGUCUAUGAGGCUAGAGGAAGACAUCAUUUCCGUGGGGAGGCUGAGUACUCAUUCGUCUUCCAAGAUUAUAACUGCACGGUGGAGUUCUUUGUUUCACCCUUCUUGGUUCAAGAGUGGGAAAUUGUAGACAAGAAAGGAACAAAGAAGGAGACUUUAAGGUUGGAUUUGGUUGGGAAGUCCUCUGAGCAGUACAAAGGAGCUGAUGUUAUUGUCUUUAAUACCGGACAUUGGUGGACUCAUGAGAAAACAUCCAAAGGGGAGGAUUAUUAUCAAGAAGGAAGUAAUGUUUAUCAUGAACUCGCUGUUCUUGAAGCUUUUCGUAAAGCUUUGACUACAUGGGGUCGAUGGGUUGAGAAGAAUGUGAAUCCGGCAAAGUCCCUCGUUUUCUUUCGGGGCUAUUCCGCAUCCCAUUUCAGUGGUGGGCAAUGGAACUCAGGAGGAGCAUGCGAUAGCGAAACAGAACCGAUCAAGAACGAUACAUACCUAACCCCGUACCCGUCUAAAAUGAAAGUGCUUGAGAAAGUGUUAAGAGGUAUGAAAACACCUGUCACUUAUCUAAACAUCACGAGAUUAACGGACUACAGGAAGGACGGUCACCCGUCAGUAUACCGGAAACAGAGCUUAUCGGAAAAAGAGAAAAAGUCGCCAUUGCUGUACCAAGACUGCAGCCAUUGGUGCCUCCCCGGGGUUCCAGACUCUUGGAAUGAAAUCCUCUACGCUGAGCUGAUCGUCAAACUCAAUCAGCUCAGCCAAACACAACGAAAAACUUAAGGUUCUUCCACCCCCAAUACUUGUUUGAUCUCAACACUUUUACUUUCUAUUUUGAUGGUAAUUGUUGAUUAUAGAAUGUGUAGAGUAAAAAAGAAAGAUGGAAUAUAAUGGAUCACUCGAUAUCUUUGUUACUAUUGGUUUGUAAAUGCUUUUGUCACGACGAAUACAAUAUUUAGCUCCAAAGAGAGGUUACAUAUUCAUAUUUCUUAUAAUGGAAUUGAUUCCACUUAUCGUUACUCUCUAAAUAUUUGAUGAUCUAAUUAGAGCUUGGUUUUGCUUUGUGCUUUCGAUUGUUUUAAUGUCUAUAAUGUGAACGCAAGAAUUUGCAUUUGGAACCAUCGAUGUGAGAGUUUGGUGUGGAAUUUGUGGAUCACCGACAAUUCCGACAAUUAAAUGAUAAAGAAUUUGUCCAUUUGGGGGAAAUAAUAGGAGUCGAAGAUAACGGGUUUGGUCAGAACUCAGAACUCAGAAGACGUUUCACAUGGGAUGUUUGGACUUUUUGACUAUGAAGGACUUUAAAAAAAGUCAGUUAGGUCAAAUGCUUUUAUGAGUUAAGAAUUGCAAUUAGAUCCAACCUGGUGCAGUUGUUCGUCACGUGGCGCACUUGUUUACCUAUUAAAGUCUGUUACAAUCCCAAGUAUAGUACAGGAUAUAGUAUUGAUUUAAAGAGUCAUACAUGUGACUAUUUGGUUGGAGAAUGGGAAAAACACAAGUGUUUAUGUUUGUGUAUAAAGUAAGAUUAC